GAAGGGAAACACUUGCAUGUUUUUGUGACACUACUUCCUGCAUAAACACCACUCACGACAAACGACGUCCAAACAAUACGAACUCUUUGACAAGAUUAUUAUCAUACAUAAUUAUGUUUGUGUUGGUUAUAUGGUUUAAAGCAGUGAAUUUAAAAUAAGUUUUACCCAACCCUUUGCGGUUUCCACCGAUUUACCAGCUUGUUAGGGGAUUCUCAAGUCAGACAGUAAAGUAAACACUGUCACACGGAAGUAAUAAACCGAGGUUCCGUUGCAUAAAAGUAGGAUAAGUGAUUAAGCCGUGAUACAUUGGCUAUCCUGGCUCAAUUUAUGAAUGAUCCGGUUGCACAAAAGUGGGAUAGUGGUAAGUAGGCUGUAUUCUGACAUAGGUUACCAUGGAGAUUUAUUUGGUGGAGUUAGCCUGCUCCAGACCAGGCUAAGGUCCAGGAUCUAUUUAAUCUCAUCCCAUAUCUCAAUCAGUAGUCACCAUAAAUGCAAACCAAUAAUUAUUCUACUGCCCACUACACAUUGUUAUCACAUUCAACUACAUUCACUUUCAUUAUUUAAACAUUUGCCAUCAUUCAUGUCAAUCAUUAUAGACAGAGGAAUUUAGAUGAUGUUGCAAUCAAUAGAUCACUUAUUAGAUAAUUUACACAUACUAUAUAUAAAAUACACAUCCCAUAUAAAUACAAAUAAACGUGCACAAGAUAAAAGAGUUAUAAAGUCUUAAUGAGUAACAUUUACACUCACAUCUGCAGUCAAUUUUAACCUACAAUUUAAACUGAUUCAUAAUCACAGUGCGACUACUUUUCGGAGGAUGGUUAAAGUGGAUGUAUACUUCAUUACCCAGAAGGCGUAGCGAUCGAGGGGAAACCGGAAGUUAAAAAAAUCUGUCUCCCGUUCACAACCACAGAUUCACAACAUACGUACGUAGCCAAACAACAUGAUGGCUUCAUCUGUUUAUUUCGACAAGAAUGUCAUCAAAUAGGUGGUGAACGUCGUUAAGGUUUAAACACUACAUUGAGAGCUGUAAAAAUUAUGAGAAAGCUUCACGUUUUGACGUCGUGUGCAUGUAGCAGGUGAGAUCGGUAAGCUAGCGCUCCUUUUUCAAGUUAGCCUCCAGCCCCCCAAAAAUGAGCCGAGACGUUCCCAUCCACAGCUGGCCUGGCUCCUACUACAUAACCUCAGACAAAAGGUGGGAGAAUGGUACUCUGUCCCUGGGCAGAACCACACUGCGUUUCUUCUCCAACCAAACUAAGGAGAGCCUGGCCAGCUUCCGCCUCUCCAGGAUCAUUGAGAUAAAAAUGGAGUCGUCCAGUUUAAUUUUCAGCACCCUGACAAUCUUGGAAGAAGGCAACGUCAAGCACUGGUUCGGUUCCCUGAAGCCCAACAGAGUGGUGGUUUAUAACGUGCUGGAGCAUUUCUGGAGAGAACGCCUCCUGUCCCCCGGCUCGGAGGUCAAGGGUCCCACGGAAAGUCAGCCUUCCAAAGGCCGGAAGCUCAUUAGCCUUGUGGCCGGGGCUCAGAGACGACUGGAGGACACUGGGAGAGUGCUGAGCCACCAAGGAGAGCAGUUUGAUAACAUGAUGCAAGGCCUGGAGAAGAUUGACUCUGACCUGGGAGUGGCUGAUAAACUCUUGUCAGAGCUGGAGUCUCCUUCCUGGUGGCCUUUUGGUAAACUUCCUUGGAAGACUCAGCAGGAAGGCAAGGCUGAGGAUGCUGCUCGGGCAGCCGCUGCAGCCUACAAAGGCCCCACCAGGAGUAAAGUAAUCGCUAGCAUCCCUGCUGUAGUGUCUAAAGGCAGAGACUGUGACUUGAAACCCGGCUGUCUCCUGGUGCUGGUGUCCUCUCUGGAGGUGAGAGACACUAGCUGCCAACUGCAGCACCGCUUCGAGCGAAACGAAAUUGACGAAAUCCUGGUGCACAGCCCUUACGAGAUCACGGUCAGGCAGAGGUUUAUUGGGAGGCCGGAUGUUUGCUACCGACUCCUGUCUGCGAAGAUGCCGGAGGUGCUGUCAGUGCUGGAGAUGCAGUACAAGAAAAAGAUGGAGCUCACCAGUGAAUACGCUGCCUUUAAGCUUUGGUGCACAGGUGCCUGGAGACAGACAUCCCAAUGGAGGUCCCGGCGGGAGAUGGAGAUCUGUCUCAGCUGCAGGUGCACGUCCUCCAGCCGACUGUCAGCCAGGCUGAAGCUCAAGAACUCAAACAGAUGCUGAUGCAGCUGAAGAAUCUGGCUCUGGAGGCAGAGACGGAGCUGGAACGGCAGGACGAGGCACUGGACGUCCUGACCAGCUCUACGGACCGAGCCACCUUACAUAUUGAGAAGCACACCUGCCGCAUGAAGCGACUACUGUGA